CUCGUGGUCCUCUCUGUCCCUGCUGUCUCCUCUGCCACUCGCUGUAGGUCUCUGAUCCUGUCUGCUCGAGUUUUAGCGUCGCUGCUGUGAGACGCUGCAACCAUGGCUACUACUGGUACUUUUCGCAUGGUGUCAGAGGAGGAGCAAGCAAUGAGGUCAAAGCUGGAGCAUUUGACAGUGAAGGAUCAUGGGCCUGUGUUUGGGCUGUGCCACAAACUGCCUGGACACACUGUGCAAAAGGCGAAGGAUGAGCUGAAUGAGACAGAUGAGAGACGGGCAUCAUCACUGAAGGCCCUGCGGGCCUUGAUGAAAGAGAGGGCAGCCGAUGGAGACGGCCUGGCCAAGCUGAUCCUGGAGCGCUUUGGGGACAAACCCGACUCUUUGUUCCUGCGCUUCCUCAGAGCUCGCAAGUUUGAUGUCGACAGGGCCCACGAGCUCAUGAAAGGUUACGUACGCUUCAGGAAGGAGUAUCCUGAGCUUUUUGAGAACCUGACCCCCGAGGCAGUCCGCAGCACAGUCGAAGCGGGAUACCCAGUGGUUCUGCCCAGCAGAGACAAGUAUGGCCGCGUGGUCCUGCUCUUUAACAUCGACAACUGGGACCUGGAGGAGAUCACCUUCGAUGAGGUGUUGAGGGCAUACUGCGUGAUCCUAGAGAAGCUGCUCGAGAAUGACGAGACCCAGAUCAAUGGAUUUGUGCUGAUUGAGAACUUCAAAGGCUUCACAAUGCAGCAUGCCUCAGGAAUCAAGCCAGCUGAGCUCAAGAAGAUGGUGGACAUGCUGCAGGACUCGUUCCCAGCCCGUUUCAAGGCAGUUCACGUUAUUCACCAGCCUUGGUACUUCACCACUACCUACAACGUGGUUAAACCCUUCAUGAAGAGCAAGCUGCUGGAGAGGGUCUUUGUUCAUGGUGAUGAAUUGGACAACUACCUCAAAGAAUUCGAUGCAGACAUCCUGCCUUCAGACUUCGGUGGAAAAGCACCGGUGGCCGACUACCAGCCCAUCGCCACAAAGCUUUUUGGCUCUGAAGACACCGCUCUCUGAAGAAACAAUCCUCCCAUUUCAAACCCAAGAGUAGAGCCUUUUACCUGAAGUGCUUUUUGUGUGAUCAGAUCAGAUAUGUGGUCUGUAUUAAGGCUAGAUUUUUACUUUUUUAAAAAAAAAAAAAAAUUCAGGCAGUACAUAGACGUAUGUAGGGUUAGAAGCAGGGGAUGUUUUGUGUUAUAUAAAUGGAAAAGGUAAAGGAUGUUGUUUAGAUAUAUGAAGGAGAGAAUAACUGAUAGUAAUCACUUGUUACUUUACAUUGACAUGUACUGACAAUCCUCUCAUGUAUGACAUGUAUGAGUGGAGGAAGAAUGACAGAGCUGGUCAAGACCAGGCUGAUUUGUGUUUGGUGUGCUUUGCCUCAUAGAUCAAUCUGCUGUACACAGAACAACCUUUUGCUUACGACCCCGUGAUACAGAUUUCAACAUAGCAAAGUCUCGAGGGGUGAAUUUGAGAUUGAUAUCCAGAGGGAAAACUAAUAAGGCAUGUUUUAGAAUAAAGGGCCUCCUGAUGCAGUGCCUUAAAUAGGAACAGUUGCUUGCCUCAGUGGCCUUGUUUCAACAUAUCAUGUGAGGCGUGAUGUACCAAGAAGAUGCAUUCUGGAGGUUGCACUGGAUUGAAAAAUGUCAAAUAAAAUCUUUUUUGUGCAUCUUUUUUUUUAAA